GAUUUUAUAUGAAAAAAGAGGCGAUUCCUCAUUUGGAAUCUUUCUGUUUUUGGUGAAUUAUUGAUGUUCAGAGCGUUCCUUUUAAUAUUGGAUUUCUAGGAGUUUCUCCCGAAAAAAAUCUGCUGCAGUUUGUGUAACAUUAUCCCUAAAAGAACUUGCUUCCUAGUACUUAUCAUUUAGAAUCUUCAAUCACUGAGUUACGUAUUUCUUAUAAGCAUGUUAGCAUUUGACACGUAAGUUGCAGCCCUUUCUUUCUUUUCCCUCCUUUAUCCAUUGUGUUUGGAUUGUUCUUAUAAAUGUUCUUUUCAAUAAAUUGAUUGAAUCAUCACUUUUUGGUUUCUUUGUGGCUUAAAGAGAAUGAGCACAUAAAUUAUAGCAUAUGGCAUUCAAAUUGCAAUGGCAAAACAAGAGAACUUAGUGAUGAUAAUGAUAAAUUCUUUUGCAACCCAACUUAGUGAUGAUAAAUUCUUUUGCGUCCCAACUUAGUGAUGAUAACUUCUUUGCGUCCUAUCUUAUACUUCUUCCACAUGCUAGCCUAUAAAUAUCUUCGUUUGGCAUAUUGUUGUAUCAUUCAAGGAAGUCAAGACACUUGAACCUAGUUCCCAGCUUGUCUAUCAUUUAUUUCCAUCAAAUCUGCUACAUUUUCUUGGGAGAGAGAUGGACUCUAGCCUUUUGCAACGUCAAGUUGCCUACACGAAGAGGUGCUUCUUUGAGCAGGGUUAUCUUGAUCGUGAUCAGUUCACUCAGCUUGAAGAAUUGCAGGAUGAUACAAACCCAAAUUUUGCCGAAGAAAUUGUGUCAUUAUUCUACAAUGAUUCGGCCAGACUCAUCCGGAGCAUUGAACAAACUAUGGUCAGUAAGCCUACGGAUUUUGAAAAGCUUGACAACUACAUGCACCAGUUCAAGGGAAGUAGCUCUAGCAUUGGAGCCAAUAGGGUGACAGAAGCAUGCUCACAGUUUAGAGAAUACUGCUUGGCAGGAAAUCUUGAAGGAUGCAUAAGAAGUUUCCAGGAAGUAAAACAAGAGCAUGAAAUUCUGAAGAAGAAGCUUGAUACCUAUUUCCAGCUAGCUAGACAAGCUGGGAACAAAGGCUGAGAAGGUGGGAGUCACCAAAUUGGGCAUUGGAUGAUAAGAUUAUGCGAAUGAGCCUACACAGCUUUCAUCUUGUCAUUCAUAAGCGCACACAUACACACUCUUUUCCAAUGUUGUAUUGUACAAUUCUCUCCCUAAUUAAAUCUGUUGUUAUUACUCUUUCCAAAAAUAUGUAUCCAUAAUACUAACACCUCUUACCUAUAUCGUU